GAGGAGUAGCAGGGAGUAGGAUUUAUCUUCUCUGUUCCAUAGGUUACUUCAGCCCCACCACGUCCAAUGCCUCUGCAAUCACUAAGAGUUUAGACUUUGCUUGUCCUCCUGUGAAGAAGUAGCCAAAUCAGAGAAGAGCCAUGUGAGAUAUUGCUGGUUGUCUCAGCUUGAAACCCCCACUCGCCAUGGUGAAUGCAUCACUCAGAAGUAUCCAGGCCCUCAACAUGUUCUUCUCCUCCUGGGCCUUAGUCUUCAUGACGAUAGGAAUCCUCAUAGAAGAAUGGGUUGAACUGACAUGGGAAACAAAGAAAAAUACAAUAAGCCACAAUCCCUGGAUAUGUUGUACCCCUCUUUGGCCAGAAGAUGGCCUGGAAGUGGUCAGGAUCAUGAUGAUUUUGGUUCUCAGCCUUUCCUUCUUCCAUAACUUGCUCCUGGGUUUGGAAUUCACUUAUCUGAUUCCUCAAACUAAACACAUCUUCUUCAUCACUGUCUUCCUCAGUUUCUUCACAGGUAUCCUUCUGCUCUGUGCACUCCUCCUGUAUCAGGAAAAGCUAAGGCAAGGUCAAUCCGUGUACUACUCUAGUUACAAAAUCACCUGGAUCCUUUUCAUUGCCUACUUAAGCGUUUGCCUCUUUAUGGCCUCUGGAAUCCUCUCUUUCCUAGAGUGCAAGCAGUCCACCAAGGUUUGUCCCUGCGUGACCCUCAUCCGUAUACCUGAGAGAGAACAUCAGGACAUAGAGGAAUCUGAGAAUUCUUUUAAAGUUGUUUCCUCACCAGAUGCAGCAAUGCCUCGUAGUAUUAUUCAUUCAAGGGAAGAUUCUCCAAACAGAACACAACUCCAAACACGUCGUGUAACCUGGGCUCUAUGA